UACAUCAUGAAUAGCAGACUACAUCAGCAAAAUGGCAGCCUCCAUGCUAACACGCAGAUGUUUCUUUCGCGCAGUUAAAUCUGCAAGAUUGUCAUCCCCUACAUCGUUUGCGAGCAGCAGAUUACAAGAUAGUCACCAUGAACAUUCUUUGAUACAUAAGCGAGCUUUCAGCCACCUUCUAGGGGACAAGACGGUGCGGAUCGGAUGUGCCUCGGGAUUUUGGGGCGACACUGCAGUUUCAGCACCUCAGUUAGUUCACCAUGGCAAGAUUGAUUAUCUUGUAUUUGAUUACCUCUCGGAGAUUACCAUGUCUCUUCUGGCUGCUGCCAGGAGGAAAAACCCAGACAUGGGAUACGCACCAGACUUUGUGCAGGUGAUCAUUAAGCAUCUGCUGCACGAUAUCAAGAAGAAAGGCAUCAAGGUCAUCAGCAAUGCUGGUGGUAUCAACCCUCAUGCCUGUGCCAAGGCUAUUAGGGAACUAGCAAAGGAUGCUGAUAUUGAUAUCAAGGUCGCUGUCGUCUCCGGAGACAACCUCAUGGUCGAUAAAAAGUCAGUGUACGCCACAGACCCCAAAGAUCUUGAUUCUGGAAGUCCUUUGCCUGAAUCGCUCGUUACAAUGAAUGCAUAUUUGGGAGCAACACCCAUAGCGAGGGCAUUGGACUUGGGUGCUGAUAUAGUAGUGACUGGUCGGUGUGUGGACAGUGCUGUAGUACUUGGACCGCUCAUGCACACGUUUGGCUGGUCACCUGAGGAUUACGACACCUUAGCUGCGGGCAGUCUAGCUGGUCAUCUGGUCGAGUGUGGGGCUCAGGCCACUGGGGGUAUCUUCACUGAUUGGCAUCUAGUACCUGAUUGGGACAAUAUUGGUUUCCCAGUCGUCCAAGUUGCCCCUGAUGGAAAGUUUGUCCUCACCAAACCCCCCAAGACCGGGGGUCUGGUCAACAAAGCAACGGUCGGUGAGCAAUUGGUCUAUGAGAUUGGAGAUCCCAGGGCAUACAUGCUUCCUGAUGUGACCUGUGACUUCAGCCAGGUCAAUCUAACAGAGGUCAAAGAUGAAAGUGGAGAUGGGGUCCUGGUGACUGGGGUGAAAGGCUACAACCCUAGCGAUAGUUACAAGGUCAGCGCAACGUACCUAGAUGGAUACAGGGCCACUGCUGUAUCAACAGUUGCAGGCCGGAAUGCUGUCGCCAAGGGGAGACGAACAGCAGAAAGUCAAAUCAAAAGGAUUAGAAGAAUAUUCAAGAUGUUUGGGAUGGAAGACUUUACAAGAGUUCGCAUACAGAUGCUUGGUUCGGAGGAGACGUAUGGAGCUAAUGCCAGAGACUUGAACCCAAGAGAAGCUGCUAUCUGGUUAGCAGUAGAACACCCGCAGAAAGAAGCCUUACGCAUCUUUGCUAUGGAGCUUGCUCCAGCUGGUACAGGCAUGGCUCCUGGUUUGACUGGCCUGAUUGGUGGACGACCAAAAGCAUCACCGAUCUUGAAGCUUCAUUCAUUCCUCUACCCCAAAGACAAGGUUCCAGUAAAAGUUGACGUAGAUGGUACAGAAGAAGAGUUCACUGUGUUGUCCAAUCAAGGAGCAGAAGCAGGAAGCUCCUCCGACCCAGAGCCCGCUGCCAUUGGUGACCUCGAGACAGGAGAACAUACGUUUGAUGUUGGUCAACUGGCAUACACUCGCAGCGGAGACAAAGCCAAUUCUGCCAAUAUUGGUGUGAUUGCUAGACAUCCAUCCUACUUGCCUUACUUGAAGAAAGCGCUCACGGCUCAAGCCAUUCAGGAGUACUUCCAGCAUGUCUUUGAACCAACAGAAGAAGGAGAAGAAUUGGUCACCAGGUACGAGCUACCUGGUCUGGAUGCCCUUAACUUUGUGCUCAAGAAGUCGCUUGGAGGUGGAGGUGUUGCAUCCUUAAGAAGUGAUCCCCAGGGUAAAGCAUAUGGACAGAUGCUCCUUGACUUCAAGAUAGAGAAUGUGCCAGACCUCAUCUCACGGGCAAAAGAGUGAACGAGCUUGAUGAUGGAAAUGUUUAAAGAGAAAAUACGAUAGUUGGAAAGACAAGAUAAUUAUUUUGAACUAAAGAAUUGAAUUAUCAAUCUCUUUCAAUGAUUCGUAGGACAGAAUAUUGUGUUAAAUUGGUCCUCUGCGAAGGAUUGCUUUUCAACCGCCCUCAAAUAGCAGCUGAAAUCAAUGGUCUGUCCAAACAUUUGAAGCAGUCCCAUGCGUGUUUCUCUGUGUAUAGUGGAGGUGACUCUCAUAAGAAUUGAGCCAGUUAGUUGUCAUGUGGGGGUUCUAGUGCCUUACUGCCAACUCUGCUUUUUUGGUGCAUUAGGAAAAACCUCUCUUAAUAAUUGCUCUGAGGCAGUUUCUUAUUUUCUCAAAAUCACAUUUAGGACUGCUACUUUAUCUUUAAGCUAUUAUGCCUCACAUGCACUUUGCUGUAUUUGAAAAAUAUGCCUAGUAUUAUGUUUAUGCAGUUGCGGUUUAAAGAAUUCUGUAGGACUAAUCAUUCUGUCAUUUCUCAUUAAAGUUAUCCUGUUUGAUUGAGUAUACAUGUCAGUCCUAUAGCCUUAGUGUCAAUCAAAUUUGCCAAUCUGAGUUAUAACCUAAGUAGGUCCAUCAUUUUAUACCGCUUUCAUCAAAACAUGGUAUUUAAAUUAAUAAUUCUUUACAUUUAUAAUUCAAUUUUUUUACGGUAAUUCUAAAUGAAAGUAGAGAAAUAAAACAAAACAAAAACAAGGAGUUCCUUUUAUUGAUAAUUGUGAGUUAAAGUUAUCUGUGCAUUCUACAUGAAAAACUUUGCGGGAUCUGUAUAAUAUUGCAUUUAACAGAAAAUCAUAAAAAAAAUUACAAUAUAUUUGGUGUUACACUUUGUAAAUGUAUAAGAAUGAAUGCGACCAAUAUUAGAGGCAUGUUCUGUAGUUACUAGGCCUAGUAGUUACUGGAUAGAAACAUUUAUUAUGGUAAUGCUAUUUGAUGGCGAUGAUGUGCAAGUGUGUGAUAAGGCAAUUCCAGUAUUCAGUAUGGAACUUGUUCAACAAGUCUUCCAUUUUCUCAGAUUUUUUUUAUAAUUUGUUUUCUAAAAUAAAGUCAUAGUGGUGCUCAAAAGUAAGUGAACCCCACCCAAAAAUCAACAUAUUUAAAGUGUUCAUGUUUUGCCAUAUUUUAGAUAUUUAAUUGUGAAUUAAGGUGAUAAAGUAUUACAUUCAAUUGAUUUUGCUCCUCUGGGCUGCUGGACAUUGUAGUGUUGUUGUUUACAUUCAUCACUAAGCGUGAAGGAGUGCAUUUUUUCAUGGGGUUCACUAACUUUUGAGCGCAACUAUAUAAUAUAGUGUUAUGUUUUGUAAAAUGAUUGCAUCAUUUUCUUCUUUUAUUCCAGUCGUCUGGAUAAAUCAUGAUUAUCAAUUAUAUUCAUUUGGUCAUGCUUUCAAAGUGCAUGUGUGUAUAUUUUUGUUAAAGACUUGAGAUCUUAUCAUAAAGUAAAGACUUAAGUAAAAUUCUUUUUACAAAUAUAGAGAUUUUAUCUUGUGUAAAAGUUUGUUAAAUGUUAUCUUUCAUCAUGCUUGUCUGCUUGCUUGCUUGCUUACCACCCAAGGUAGUGUUUUAAAGGGCACCAUGUCAGUGAUUGUCAAUUUGCUCUGAACCAAUCCGAUGCAAUCUUUUCAGUAGCUUAUAACAGUUAUCUGUAAAAAGCCCUGUUUGUUUUCUUGAAAUACUUCCCUGAUUUCCUUUUCAUCUGUGAGAGAAUAUUUGAACCCAUUAUUUAUUAAGGGUUAUAAUUCAAAUGUUUGUCAUGAUAUGGAUUAUGAAAACGAAUUUCAAGUCAUUCCUCAUAUAAUAAUUUUUUAAAAUGAUAUUAAUCACAUCACUUGGCAUGACAUUCUGAUCUCAGGGAUAUUUCUUGUCUAUUUGAUUAUGCUAAAGAAAUGCAUAAUAAAAUUAAAAAUGCUUAUGGUUUGUGUUUGAAUAACUGACUUCAUCAAAUUAUAUUACAUCAAAUCAAGAAUGAUGAAGAUUUGUUUUAGUACACUGACCUAGCAGCAUACACAUCUCAUUGCAUAAACCCUUGAAAAUUUUCAUUUAUUCUUAUGGAUGCCAAGUUAUUAAUUUGAAUAAAUGUUGAAAACUUUUAUUGGAAUAAAACAAACACCAUGUUGCUUGUUUGAUGAAAUUAUGACAAUUUUGGGUCAUUU